UAAAACAAAAAGGUUUUAGAGGCUUAUUAUUUCAUUUGCAAGAUUAUUAUUUUUCUUUGUUUGAGUAUAGAAAAACAUAUUCAGAAGAGAUGGAUAGGCUUGGAGGUUUGUGGGGUUCUCUUCCAUUAGCUUUUCUUUUGUUGUUAGGUGCUGCUUUCAAUUCAGCACCUGGUGCCAAUGCUUGGAGCAAAGAGGGUCAUAUGAUAACCUGCAAAAUUGCACAGUCACUUUUAGAGCCUGAGGCAGAAGAAGCUGUUCAUCAUUUGUUACCUGAGUAUGUUAAAGGAGACUUAUCAGCCCUUUGUGUAUGGCCAGACCAAAUAAGGCACUGGUACAAAUAUAGGUGGACAAGUCCACUUCACUUCAUUGACACACCAGAUGAUUCUUGUUCUUUUUCUUACUCAAGGGACUGCCAUGAUCAGCAUGGAGUGAAGGAUAUGUGUGUUGCUGGUGCUGUAAAAAAUUUCACUUCUCAGCUUUUGCAUUACAGAGAGGGCACUGCAGAUAGGAGAUACAACAUGACUGAGGCCUUAUUGUUCUUGUCACACUUCAUGGGAGAUAUACAUCAGCCAAUGCAUGUUGGAUUCACCACUGAUGAAGGAGGAAACACAAUCGAACUGCGAUGGUUUCGCCACAAAUCCAACCUGCACCAUGUUUGGGACAGAGAAAUCAUCCUGACAGCACUAGCAGACUAUUAUGAAAAGGAUGUGGAUCAACUCUUACAAGACAUUGAAAGGAACUACACUGAUGGGAUAUGGUCAAGUGAUGUUUCAUCAUGGCAACAUUGUAGUGAUAUCUCUAAAUGUGUAACUAGCUGGGCCAAAGAGAGUAUUCAAAUAGCUUGUAAAUGGGGUUACAGUGGAGUUGAAGCUGGGGAAACUCUAGCAGAUGAUUACUUUAACUCAAGGAUGCCCUAUGUGAUGAAACGAAUUGCUCAAGGUGGAAUUCGGUUAGCCAUGAUCUUGAACCAAGUGUUUGGUGGCUCUGAAGAAGGAUUUGCAGCAGCUACUUGAUUAAACAUUUAACCGUGCAUCAAUACUCUACAAAAUUUAGUGUUUAAUUCUUUUUUAAUAACCAUAGGGUCUCUAAUCCAUUUAAUUUCCUUCCAAUAUUGUUGGCCAUUUCAUUUAUGAGUAGUAGUUGACAUCUUUCCGUAAUAAUUUGUAACAAGAACAUUUAGUGUCUGUAUUAUUAUUAGAUCAAUAAUGAGACUUGAAGAGCUAUGAAACUCUUCCUUUGUGACAUUAAUUUUUUUUAUGGUUUCUCACUUUCUUUAAUCA